AGUCGUCCUAGUCUGUGUCUAGAGAGAUAGAGGUCUAGAUCUAGAGCCAGAGUGUAUCUUAAUUCUUAUAUAGAUCUAGGCCUAGAUCGAUUUUAAAAAAAUUGAUAAUUCUAGAUAGGCAUAGGUCUAGUCAAUCUAUAUCUAGAUAGUGAAAAGAAUAGAUCUAGUGGUCUAGAACUUUAGAAACGCCUCUCAGGACAGAAGAAAACUCAAACUGAAAAAUAAUGGAAAGAGAUCUUUUAUCAAUUUGCAAAGCAGGGAAACUAGAUGAAUUAAAAGUUGUUCUUGACAGCAAAGAAAAUAAUGAGAUAAUCAAAAACGUUAACUACAGCAUUUCUAAAGGGAGAGCGGAGUCAAUUAAUCUAAUUAACUUUGUAUUGGAUGCAUCUAAUGACCCAAGUGAUAAAAGCAUACAACGAUGCACAGACAUCAUCAUAGGUAUAAUUAAAAUUCUACAAAAAAAUGAGAUUAAUUCUGCAAAUGCUCUAGAAAUUAUCAGGCUUCUUUUAACAAAGCUGAAAGAUGUACAACCUAAAUGUUUAGGACAACUGGCUACAUUCUAUGUAGAAUCAGUUAAAAAUGGAUCAAUUACAGGAUGCAGAUCUGGUGAGUUGUUACCCCAGAUUCUUUCUUUGAUAGACUCUAUUGAUGUUAUUCCCAAGGGAGACAGCCUCAUCAUAGGCUCAGAAUACAAAAGUCAAGUGAUAAAUAGUAUUUGUUCCAACAGGUGGCCCCCAUCAAUAAUAAUCCACAUGGCUCAUCUCUUUUGUGAUAUUCCUCUAACACUGGAAGAGCUCAAAUUUGUUAUUGAAAAAGUUUUGAGAUUGUUUCCAGAGAUAGAGCUUGCUGAUCAACCUGCUGCUGUCUUUCAGCUAUUGUUAUUGUCUGCUAAGGGUCACAAAAAACUUGUUCUAAAAGGUAUCUGUCAGCAUUACACUGCUCAGGAUGACAUCAAUAGACCACAUGGAGUUAUGAUCGACAGUGAGGAUCUUAUUUCAAAUAAAACUUGUCUAAAGACACUGCGGCAGAUUGAAGGUACAGUGGUUUUACAUAUAAUGCAAGCAAUAGAGCAAGACCAGAAACUAGGAUCAACACUUAUUGACAACAUGAAGGUUCUUCGUCAGUCCAAUGCUUCAAAAGUGCUUUCUCCAUUCAACUUAGCACUGCUUCUGUCUAUUUCAGAGCUUCAUUAUUUUGAAGAGCAGGUUUAUGAAUUUAUCAAAAGCACUGUCUUGAAAUGUUUUCAAGAUGAAGAAAGACAACGACAGUCUCUAUGGGUUAGAGAAUGCUUUCCAGCUGGCACUAAGACAUUAGACCUUGUUCUUGAAACUGUUGAGCACAGUUCUUGUGAUUGGGAUCAAGUCACACAAGGUCUGGUCAAACUGGGAUUUAAAUUGAUUGAUUCUUUCGGCCCUAAACCUGUGUUUGGAGUACUACCAGACAAUGAUUUAAAGCAAGACUCUUUAUCUCCAUCACAGCAGGCCUGCCAGCUGGGUCAAAGACUUUUAUUGAAAACAUUUAAGGUUCAUCAUGUCUUUAGAGAUGAUAUUCUCAACACUCUUUUUGGUGAACUUAUGAAACCAACAUCACCAGUCACACAAUAUCUUGAGUUAUUGUCAGACAUAGUCACAUCAUCACCACAACUUCUUCUUGAAUCUACCAACAAAGUUUGCAUUUUGUUUGAGAAGCUAGAUACAAUGAAUCCCAAAUCUGCAGAAAGACUACUCUCAGCCUUACAACCGCUGCUAAAGCUUAGCCCAUUCUUAAAAGAUACGCUUAUUUUAAACCUGAGAAAAGCCAUGUUUUCAAGACCUUUAGAUUCACGCAAGAUAGGUGCAUUAGGAUUUCUCAUGAUUUUGAAACAUUUUCGUGUCGUUGGAGCACUUCCAUCUAGUCAGAUAAGUCAGCCAAUCUCAUUGAGUCAAAUACAGGCAGAUGUCCAUUCAAGUUAUAGCCCUGCCAGCAAUGAAGCAUUGUGUUUGGAGAUCAUUGGUAACCUCUCCAGAUGUUUGACUCAACAUGCGGAUGUUCGGUUAAAUAUAUACCAGGGUCUGUGUGAAGUUCUGCAUAGGAAUUCUGAGUUGAUGAAUCCAGUACUGGACUUGUUGUUUUUUCAGCUGAAGAAAUAUUAUGAAUUCAAUGAAGAUGUAAAGCCACCACUACGAUUAGAACCCUGCAUUAUUACCCAUGGAGACAAAGUUUAUUUAGCAGAGCCUUUGGCCCAUUUGGUUGGCUGUGCUCAACAAUGCCUUAGAAAGUCUCAGGACAUCCAGAGCCAAAAGAAGUCAACUGAAACUGAAGAUGAUGACCAAGAUGGCUGUGAGGAGACAUUCCAGAAACUUCAAAACUUGUUAGUUACUUUGACUAAGAGAGUUAUUGAAGCAGAAAUGGAAGAUUUUGAAUUGGACAAGAGUGCUGAUUUUUCACUAGCCACAGGUGUAGGUGUUAAAAAUAAUAUCAAUGCAAUAUUGCUUUUAGGACUUUAUGAAGUUUUAAUGGAAUUUACCUUUGAAAUGGGAAAAUACAGCAUUGAAAGUUGCAAGGAAGUGCUUCAGCUUUUCACCAAGCAUGUUCAACUUAGUACAGUAGUGAAAGAAAAGUCUGCAGCAUCUUCUGGCAAGAAAAACAAAACUUCCACAACCAAAACACCAAACAGUCUUAUAGCUUUAAAAGCAGUGGAGAAGUUUCUCACUGUAAUUAUAUGUGAUGAGAGACCAGAACUGGAAGAAAAUGGAAUAGAUCAGCUGAUACAGAACAAAGAUUUCCUGACCUAUAUAUUAAGUAUUGCUGUUCAAAAGCUAGGCCAAGUGGCAAGUAAGGGAACAUGUGAGGGAGAAACUCAAAGCAAAGAAAAACUUUUAAAAGUGUGUUUUAAUAUUGGAAGACUACUUUACAUCAGUUAUAUUGAUAACCAACAAAAAGGAGAUAGCACAGAUCAAAAAGACAGAAAAUUAAACAGCCAAAUAUUAGAAGGAUUGAACUUGGUUAUUGAAAUGGCUUGUAAAAAUGGGCAGAAUGCAGUUCUUCAGUGUUUGUCAAGUUUAGAGAAGGAAACAGAAAUGAAAGAACGUUUAAGGACAUCACAAAAAAAUGAAAAGAUUCACAAUCACAUUAAGAAGUUUCAGAGAUUGGUGGUCACUAUUUUAAAUGAAAAUAAAGACUCACAGAACCUGAAGGAGGUCUUCACAUUAUUCUCUAUCAUUGCUCAUUUAGUUCAUCAUCUGCCAAGUCAUGGGGAGGAAUACCAACAGACAUUUAACUGGCUUCAAAAAGUUGCUACUGAACACCCCAUAGAUGAUGCAGCUACCUGUCGUCAUUUAAUUUCUUUAAUGUUGCAACUCUCCAAACAGACUAAGUCUUUACCACAAAUAUUGUUAAGUCUUUGUCAAGAUAUUCACAGUCAAUUAGGGGAUAUUGAUCAGGAUUGUGAAGUUGAACAGAAUACUCAUUUCGCAGUAACUAAAGCCAACAUUUGUCCCAUCUCUGGCAUACUGACUUUGACCUUGACAUAUCUGGAAGCUGAUUUAGAUGACAUUGACAGUGUUAUUAAAUGUCACAAGGCAAAUAUGUUGGCUGCUAACACCUGUGUAGAGGAAGAAACAGCAACCCAAGUUGAAACAAUGGACAGAUCUAUCUGCAUUAGACUUGGGCUGUUAAUCAACAGUUUCAUUGAGCUGACACACUCUGCAGUGACUACCAGCCCAUGUAUACAUGCCAUGUUAAAGACUGUGACAAAACUCUUCAAUGUUCUCACUUCACUUACCAAACAUUAUAUUAGCUUGUAUACCAACAAAGCCGGCCAUCUUGGUAGUAGGUUUGAAAAAUUAGUUCGACUUGUGAGCCAGCAACUUACACCCCAGACUUACAACAUGAUCAUCUAUGUCCAGCUUUUAGAAUCAGAUGUCUCUGAAGAGAGUGAGAAAAAAGGAAAGAAAAAAAAUACAGCACAUCAGAAAGGAAUAAUAAAAGCCAUGAAACAAGGGAAAAUGGUACCCAGUCUCAUUUGCACUAUAGAACUACUGGAAAAAUUCUUAAUUCAACUGAGCAAAAAGUCUAAGGUCAAUUUAGCAGAGAAUUUUAAAAGAUCAACAUCUCGAGAUUUUCGCAUCAAUACAGAAACUGUGCAUACAGCAGUUGAGCAGGGAAUUUCUGAUGACAGUGAAACUGAGGAAAAUAAUUCUAAAGAGCCAGAGGAAAAUGAGGUUCAGGAGUCAAAUGAUGAUGAGGAUGAUGAUGAUGAUGAAGAAAACAAGAGACCAGUUGAAGAAGAGAAGAGUGAACAUCAACCACCACAGAAAAAGAAAAAGACGACCAGAAACAUUUAGCUAUAGCUACUCUCUUCUGACUUUAUUGUUGGUAAAUAAAUCAAAUAUCAAAAUAUAUAAUAAUAUCAAAAUUAUUGUUCAGUAAACAUUAUUUAAUAUUACAUAGAGACACCUUCCAGAGAUGUAAUCAAUGUAUGCCUACAUUUUGUAUUUCCUUUGCUAACUUUAAAAGUGAUGUAUGGAGACAUAACAUGAUUUUGUCAGCUUUGUUUAUUCCAUCAUUUUAGUUGAACAUUUGGAGUAAUGGAAGUGUUGGUUUAAAUACUCUCAGUUUGGAUCCUGUACAUGACAUUGACUUCACAGCAAUUGGUGGUAAAGGUUUUUUCUGUAAACUGAAAAAGACAAAAGACUCAACCCUAUUUACAUGAAUGUUGUUUUUUUUUCUUACUAGACAACAAACUCACAGCAGUUCUAUCUGAAAAGUCAGAUAGAACCUUGACCUACUUACUUGAGAUAUUUUCUUUGUUGUACAACAACUUUAGCUUUGCUUUUAUCCAGUUCUUGUUGUUUCUUAUUGCAUUCAAUGUCUUUUUGUUCUAAAUCAUAAAUAUUCAUGUUGAUCUCAGCUGUAAGUGCCUAGCAUAAAAAGUUUUGCUUAAUUAAAUUUUACUGAUUUAAUCAAAAACUGUAUCAAUUCUUAGUUAUCUUAAAAGCUUUAUUAUAAAUAACUGACAGUUAAAUGAAAUGACAAAACUAAUGCACAAGUAUGAUUUUGUAAAGAUUUGAAAUUCUUGUUGUAUUUGAUUAUAUCAGAAUUUUUGAGUUAGAAAAAUAUAUUCUUUAUCAUGGCUAAAUAAAAAAAAUACUAUAAGCAUCAUUGAAAUCUACUAUAAUUUUUCACAAAUUUUUUUCUAAUUUUGGCCCUGUUCAUAAAAAUCUUAUUAAAUUUAUAAAACUUUUAUGAAAUGCAGCUUUCUUCACAAACAGAAAUUAAGGAUUUUUUUUUGUAAAACAAAGCAUUUUCUCUGCACUUUAUGAACCUUUGAUUUUCCUCUAACUAAUAACUCUUUAAAAACAAAUGAUUACUUAGAAGUUUGAUUUUGAAUUUGGGAUAAAAUAACCAAUUAUCAAUACAGAAUUGACCUGCUAAUAACAGAAUCUGUAGAGCGAAGUGAGGCUAAUUAGUAGUAUUUUCCUAAAUAAAUGUAUAUUAUGAUUAUUUAUAAGUCUCAGCCAACCAUUUUGCUGGGAAUGUGUCUUCCCAAUUCUGAAAAAAAAAGUCUGAUUUUGUAAGUUUUCUAGUCCUUCCACUUUGAAGCUAAUCCAAUCAAUAUAUUUUAUAGAUCCAUAGCUCUUUGCAACAUUCUGUAUGUAUUUUUUUAUGGCCUCACUAUAUUUAAAGUAUAGAAAUCUAGGAAUGACUUACUUGCAUUUGCUUACGUUGUUUUCUAAUUAUGGCUUUAGCCAGGGACAUUUCAACAGUCAGAUUAGGAUCUAAACGGCGCUCUAAAAGGGCUCGAAGCUCAAAAAAGCAAAGAUCUUUUUUAUGGAUCAUUUGUUCCUUCUCAACAACUUCAGUAGUUUUGUUAAUGAGCCUUUGAGUGAGUCUGUUGAUUUUGACAUGAAGUUCAUACUUGGAUGGAUCUGCAGCCUGGUCAUAAAAAGUGGAAAGAAACUUUACAUUUGACUAUGAUUUAAAUGUCUUACUUGAAUGUCAUUUCUGACAAGCUUUUUUUUUUUUGAAUGAAAGUUAAGGAUACAUUUUAUUGUCUUUCUUUAUUAAAUGACUAAUCUGCUCACCAGCAGUGCUCUCCAUCUGUGAACUAUUGGUUCCUUAGUGGCCACUAGAGCAACAUUUCUAGCUUUUUCUAGUUCUAAUAACUUGGCAGUUUUGGAAAGCUCUUGUCUGUUGACAAGUUGGGAAAAUAAAAAGUCUUAAGUCAUCUGAGUUUUUGUAAGGAAAUAAAAUAAAAUUCAACCUUUUAGCUACAGUGCAUAUUAAUUUUUUUUUUGUUUAAAAAAAACAAAAACAGUAUAGUUCUUAAAGUCACGAUUUAGAGUGUUUUUGUGAAAAAAAAAAUUUAUUUAAAAUUAUUUACCUCAAUGUAGUGAUUGUGAAUUCACACAUCUCAUGAUUCUUCAGUUUUCUUCUCAAGUUUUUUAUUUCAAGUUUAAGCAUAUAAGAAUCAUUGUUCAUAUUAAGGUAGUCAGAGGCAGAUGUCUUCAUGACUUUUUCAAUCCUAUCAAUUUUUCUUUUGAAUAAACCAACAUGAAUGUUUGAUUCUAUCAGUCGGGCUCCAAAGAGAUCUCUCUUUCUUCUCAGCUGAAAAUUAAAGUCACAGUCUUCUGUUUCACUUAUUCUAUGAACAGCCAGGUUACACAAUUAUUGUUUUUAAAACAGUAAUUUUGAAUAAGUUUUGAUACAUAGAUACGUACUGUAAGUUCGAUAAUGGACAAAAUUGAGGAUUCUACUAAAAAAAUUGUAAUGGCAUUGUAUCUUGAAUACAUUUUAAUUGGUUGAAAUUAUACUUUUUAAUGUAUUGUAAAUAUGUAAAAGUUGAAUAUAUUGGCAAAAUGCAAUGUUGGAAAGUAAAUAUUUGUAUUUUCUCAUAACUAAGUAAACAUCCUUUUACUAAUAACCAUAUUAUCAACAAGUUUUUUACCAUCAAUUUUGAACUACAUCCAUAGAAUAAUUUGUUUCACAUUAUUGUACCUUUAGAGGUAUAAAAUAUAUAUUUUAAAAAAGUAACUAUAUUAGGUCAUUGCAGUUACUGUGUUAAUUCUAAGCAACAUGAUUUAUAAAUUGCAAUUCUAAUAAAAUUACCAUGUCAAUGUAACACCUAUAUUCCUUUAUAGUGGCCAGAGCUUUUCGUAAUUGAGAAAUCAUAAUUCUUAUUUCUUCUGUCAUAACCAAUAUUUUGGAUUUUUUAUCUUCCAUAAGAGCUUUCAAUUUAUUACUUUCAGAUGCUAGUUGCUCAAUCUGAUGCACCAGCUCUUUUGUUGUGCACUCCAUUUUCUAUCAAAACAAAACAAAAGAAGUAAACAUUCUUAGCAAUAAGUCAUUUCCAAAAGAUUUUCUUCCCAACCUUUGUAAAAGAAACAAAAUGUCUGACCUGAAUCUGAUCAUCUUUGUCUUUGCUCAUAGCCUGCAAACCUUUGAUUUCUUUGUUCUUUUGUUUAAACUGAAACACUUGCAACUGUUGAAUUUCCUAAUUAAAAAAUGACCAAACAAAAAAAAAUUACUUUCAAAAUUUAGUAAGUGUUUAUGGAGAAUUACUUAAGAUUUGGCAGCUGCAAAUAACGUAAGGGAAAUUUUACAAUCUCCCCUCACAUAUGCACACAUCCGUUUUUCCUGUAAUACAUCUACAUAUCUAAUCUCUUUUAAAGCACUCAUACACUAUGGUAUUCAAAAUAAGAGCAUUGACUAUUUUGCUUAUUGCAUCAUUUAAACUCUUCAAAUGACAUUUUUGGCUAUUCUAUCCUUUAAUAUUUUUUUUUAUUCAUAAAUAUCUUUUUUUUCUUAGAAACUAGAUUCAAUAGAACAAUUACCGCUUGAGUAUUUGUUUCAUUGUAAAGUUCAAUAUUUGUUCUCAUUAAACCUUCUAAUUUGGCCUCAGUUUCCAAUCUUUUCAUCUCCAUUUUGUUGGCAUAUCCUUUUUGAGCUUCCACUUCACGAAUCAGUAAACGACUUUUUUCUUCACUGUCAAUAUACUACCUUUCCAAGAAAAAUCAUGGAAAAAAUACUUAGACAAACAAAGAAAAAGUCAAUUUUAAAGUAAGUAAUAAAUUAAUUAAUUACUUAUAAAAAAUAGUAAUAGUAAAACACAGGAGACAAAUACCUACAUGAUUUUUGACAAUUCCAAGCUUUAUCCAAAGCUGAUUUUUUUGAUCCAAAAUAUCUUUAACUUUCUGUUUUUGUCUGUGCAUCUCAUCAUUAAGAGAGCUUAAUUCUUUGACCAAAAGCAUUGCAUUGUUUUCUGACAGUCUAAGCUGUUGAGCUUGUUUGUAUUUCUUGUGUGCCAACUCAGUGAUUCUCUAAAGUAAGCAGAAAAAUUUAUAGAAAUUUAUAGACAACUUUGUUAGCUGAGAUUUGUUAUCUUUAUGGUUAUAAAUGUUUUGCGUUUUUUAACAUUCUUGGAUGCAUAAUUUUUUUGUUCCAAAAUGAAAUGAAACAAUUCAAGUAUUCUUGAAUCAACAUGCUGAACUUACUGAUAUCAAUGAAUCAUUGUGAUCUGCUUUAAUUUUUAGUGUACUUUCUAAAUGCACCUUUUCAGCCUCACUCUUUGCUAAUUCUAUGAAGAAAAAAAUGGAAUCAAAACAAAAUUUUAUGAAGUUAUUCUUUAGAAUCAUUUAUCUUAAAUUUGACAUAAAAACAGCCUCUUAAGUUAAAGCUCACAUAUUCUACCAUUUGUCACAAAUAGGAAAAAAAUCAGCAGACUUUGCAUGAUAAGUAAUCAUGGUGGAGAUAUAUGCCCAUUAAAUUGUUAAUAACUUCCAUCAUUGUUUUAUUAUUAUUUGAAGUGGACUAAGAUGGGGUAUUCUUGCCUUCUGAUGUUACUCUAUUGGGAAUGAUUAGCAUCAAUAAAAUGAAUCAGUUCCAAGACCUACA